AUGGCUCCUGAGACCUUCGAACAGCGUGAGGCUCGCUGGGCGCUUGGCGAGGACAAGAAGGGUUUCAUGAACCUGCCGAAGAAAAACUUCAAGUAUCUCAAUUCCAAGAAUGAGUGCAUGUAUCCGGCACAGGACGGUAUCAGAUUCUGGAGACCUGAUGAAGGCUGCAAACCCAUCGAGGUGAAUCCAGCAAUCGAGCGAGCCAGGAGAAAUGGCACAUUGACCUACGCAAUGGAGCGUUACUGGAGGCGUUUCCCUUACGACAUGUGUCUUCCAGUCGCGGGCAUACCGCUUGAUGAACGACGUGCAGAGCAACAGUCUGCAGAGCCAGCACCGAGCAGAAAGAGGAAAGCCGUUGAUCCACCCGCGGAACCAGAAAGACGGAGCAAGAGACUGCUCCGUCCAGAACCAGAAGCAGAUGAGCCGAUAGAUCAACCCGUAUGCGCCAAGGAGCUGUCAGCGGCACCUCUACCUACCCCUGAGUCGGAGGCUAUGUCUGGGCCCGAGGCUUUACCAGAGCCAGCACAUGGAAAAGAUGGUGCUUCUACGGUCGAGCCCGAGAUGGUAUUUGUGCCAGAGGCGGGACAGCCCGCAAACGAGAAAUCACAGCCUGAGCAAAAAGUACAAGCUCCGCCAGCGAACUCUAAGCCCAAGCCUAAGCCCAAGACAACUACAAAGCCAAAGGCUGAAUCAAAGGCCCGUGUGAGCAAGGCUAAAGCCAUCAGCAAGUCCGAAGUCAAGGCAAAACAAGAAAGCAUCGCUGAGAUCCUGGAGGAAAAGCUCCUCGACAACAAACUCCCUGAGCUUCGGGAUCCCAAAUCUCAAGGAGACUCGUGGUUGGCACGCCAAGCGCAACAGAAUCGGGAGCCUGUAACCCCCCUUUGGACACCAAUUUUGCCCAAGAAGAGAGACCCAGCCGCUGCCCAGGGCCCCCCCGGAUUUCCCGGUCUCAAACCAGACUUGUACCGCCCGGCGCCCGCCGUGUUCUUUGUGCCGUCGCGACCCUCGCUUGCAGGAUGGCAUAAGUUGAUUGCUGACGAUGUUGAACUCUCACAGGAAGAUGGCUUUCACAGCCGGCCGUCCAUUAAGCUUGUGAUGCCCGACCACCUGAAGGCACUCCUCGUGGACGAUUGGGAGAACGUCACCAAGAAUAACCAGCUGGUGCCGCUCCCUCAUCCUCAUCCAGUGAACGAAAUCCUUGAGGAGUAUCUCGCAUACGAGAAGCCGCAUCGUGGUGAAGGCACAGCUGCCAUGGACAUCUUGGAGGAGACAAUUGCUGGCCUCCGAGAGUAUUUUGACAAGAGUCUCGGCCGCAUCCUCCUCUACCGCUUUGAGCGUCCCCAGUACUCUGAGAUCCGUGGAGGAUGGGAGACAAGUACGGAUGACAGCAAGAAGGAGGGCCCGUGUUCCACCUACGGAGCUGAGCAUCUCUGCCGUUUGCUCGAGCUAGUUGGUCAGACCAACAUGGACCAGCAGUCUGUCAACCGCCUGCGAGAGGAGAUUGUCAAGCUCACCAACUGGCUUGGCAAGCAUGCUACCAAGUACUUUGUAAGCGAGUACGAGAUCCCGCCGCAGGAGUACAUCGACAAAGCCCGAGGUGUCUAG